CCUGCCCAGGCAGGGGGGUGUCUCGUUCCUCCUUCAUAAAAGGCCCCUGGAGCAGGGGCUGGGCCUGUGGGGGUUUAUUUUGGGAGCAGCUCCUGGGAUCCGAUGGCCUUGUUAGGGCAGCGCUGACCUUUCUACCGCAGGAGGAGGAGAGAGGGAAGGGGGAAGGGGCAGCAGACGAGAGAGAGACACACACAUAAUGGGACUCUGAGGAGGGAGGGACUCUGCAGGCAGCCGGAGCAGCAGCAGGAGCCGUGGGGCGGGUAUGAUCAGGCAAGGGGGACCCCCCCCAGAGAAGCCCGGGGCCCCCCCGCCCUUUCCUGGAGAGCCUCUUAAAGGGGCCAGACGCUUCCCCAAUGCACCGUCAGGGCAAUGCAAAGGCUGCAGAGAUACGAGUCAGAUCUUGCAACUGAGUUUUAUCCCUCCCCUCCCAAUCUGCCCCAGUCCCACAGCAUGGCCCUUGCUUGAUUGUCCGGUCCCCUAGGUGGCAGGUGGGUGCUGGGUUGCAGAGAGGUCCCUGUGGUGUUCACGGUGCAAUUUGCAGUGUCCUCACCCCGAUCCUUCUCCAAGACAGGAUCCCUUCCCAAAUCCCUCCCUCCCUCUAUCCUCUGGCUGGGCAGCACAAGGCAAUUAUCUCCUUGGGUCAGCACCUUGCUUUGAGCAUUUUUAAUUUGGAAAUGUGGCAACAUUUUAAACUCCCCAAACUUUUGCUUAUGAAAAACAGUCCGGCUAAGUAGGAAGGAAAGAGAAAGAAAGAGAGGAACGAAGGAGUAAAGUGGAGAUCCUGGCUUGCUGAGCUUGGAUGGCACCAUGAGUGGAGGAAGGUUUGAUUUUGAUGAUGGAGGAGCAUAUUGUGGGGGCUGGGAAGGGGGGAAAGCCCAUGGCCAUGGCAUCUGCACUGGUCCCAAGGGCCAAGGGGAGUACUCGGGCUCGUGGAACUAUGGUUUUGAAGUGGUGGGCAUAUACACGUGGCCCAGUGGCAACACCUAUGAAGGCUACUGGUCUCAAGGCAAGAGGCACGGUUUGGGGAUCGAGACUAAAGGACGGUGGCUUUACAAAGGCGAAUGGACCCAUGGCUUUAAGGGACGGUAUGGGACACGGCAGAGCAUGAGCAGUGGAGCAAAGUAUGAAGGCACCUGGAAUAAUGGGCUGCAGGAUGGUUAUGGCACCGAGACUUACGCAGAUGGAGGAACGUACCAGGGCCAGUUCACCAAUGGCAUGCGCCAUGGAUAUGGUGUCCGUCAGAGUGUCCCAUACGGCAUGGCGUCUGUGGUCCGCUCCCCUCUCCGAACCUCUCUGUCUUCCCUCCGUAGUGAGCACAGCAACGGCACCUUGCCACAGCAGGACUCGCCGGCGGGCAGCCCAGAAAGCAUCCUCAUGUCACCCACUAUCACUCGGGGAGGCUUUGCCCUCAGUCUGUAUGCGAAUGCUGGAGCCAGCAAGCCGAAGAAAGGGGGCCUCUUCAGACGGGGCUCUCUGCUGGGGAAGCUAAAGAAAUCGGAGUCCAAAACCUCCCUGGCCAGCCAGAAGAGCCGAGUCAGCUUCCUCAAGAGCGAGAGCGGCAUCAGCUCUGCUGCCAGCGACGCCACCUCCACCGUCAGCUUGGGCGAAGGGGCAGAAGGGGAGGAGUUCCCGCCCUUCGAGUCUGACAUCGAUGCCACCACCACGGAGUCCUACAUGGGCGAGUGGAAGAACGACAAGCGCUCGGGCUUCGGGGUGAGCGAGAGGUCAAGCGGCCUGAAGUACGAGGGUGAGUGGCUGGACAACGUGCGGCAUGGCUAUGGCUGCACCACCCUGCCAGAUGGCAAGAAGGAGGAAGGCAAAUACCGGCAGAACGUCCUGAUCAAAGGCAUGAAGAAGAGGGUGAUACCACUGAAGAGCUCCAAGAUCAGACAAAAAGUGGACAGGAGUGUGGAAGGGGCUCAGAGGGCCGCAGCCAUCGCCCGGCAGAAGGCUGAGAUUGCAGCCUCCAGGACCUCCCAUGCCAAAGCCAAGGCAGAUGGAGCUGAGCAAGCAGCUCAGGCAGCUAACAACGAAUCAAGCGUAGCCAGGACUAUGGCCAGGGAACUAUCUCCAGACUUCUAUCAGCCAGGCCCUGAGUACCAGAAGAGGAAGUUGCUCCAGGAGAUCAUUGAGAAUGUAGAGAAUGUGGGGAACAUGGAAGCGGUAGCUCUGCCAACCAAAGCGCCACCACCGUCAACCCCUCCCGAAAGCCCUCAGCUCCAUGAGAAAGACUCUGCCCCCUGCAAGGAAAAUCCAGCCCGAAUGCCAUCUCCAAGUCCCGCUGGAACGCCGCCGGAGGCAAAGCGGGCAAAGCAGAGUUCACAGAGGGAUGGCUUCCUCAGCCCUGGCAACUGGAACGGGGAUCACAGCAGAGAUGGGAGCCUCACAGGAAGUAGGCCCAGCACACCAUCCAAUCCACUGUUGGCACACGGGGAGAAGGCAGCAGCCAGUAGCAGACCUGCCUCACAGAACUCCAUUCGGCUCAGCAAUACCAGGACUUCAGCAGACCAGAUGGAGAUCAAGCCCCUUCAGAGGAUAGUGCAAGAACCUGAUGUUGAAUUAUACCAAGGCUAUCACAGCUACGCAGUGAGGACCUCCCCAAUCACUCCCCCCUUGGACUUUGAGGAAGAACCAUUCCCUGUCCCCAAAUCACCUGCCAAGUCGGUCUCCCCAGAGCCAAAAACUGACGUGAGGGCUAUUGAACACAAAGCAGAACUUCAGAGGAGGGGAGGUACACCCAUCACUCAGCAGGAACCAGCACUUGAAGAGAAACCAGUGCCCACAGCAGAAUCUAAACCAGAGCAGCCCACGCCAGAGCCCAAACAUAAACAAGAGCUGAAGCAACACCAUACAGCCGAGCACAAGGCUGCUGUGAAAACAGAAGCUGCAAUUGAAGCCAAGCCUGAGCAAAAGACUGAGAUCAAGGCUCUGGUUAAACCCGAACCUACGGUGGUAGCUAAGAAGGAGCCUUCACCUGAAGAAGUGACACAGGAGGUGGAUGAAUUUGAAGAGGGACCUAACACAAUCAUGAUCUGCAUGGUCAUCUUAUUGAAUAUUGGUCUGGCCAUCUUAUUUGUACAUUUUCUGACAUGAUGUGCCCCUCAGUCAAGAACAGGUGUUACCAUUGAUGUAGACCAUGGACCUUGGCAGGGAUUAAACUCUUGGACAUAUGGAAACAUCAAAGAGGAGGAUGUUAGAACCUAAAGUUGCACAACAAACAUGAACCUUAAAAUAAAGCUUUCUGAUUAUCUGGUGAGCAUCACUGCUCCCAGUCGGUGGGUGACUCUCCAGUCCAACAAAAAGAAGCCUGGAUUUUUGCAACCCUUCCUCGUUCUUUCCUUUGUAGGAACUAGCCGUUGCCUUAAAGUGUUCUCACCAAAGUCACUGAUUGUGCCAGGGAAGAGGGAUUUAUCUGUAGUUGUAGAAGCAUGUACACUUAAGUGCCCUGUGUUCUUUGGCUCCCUUGACUGACUCUGUUUCAGUGAUUUUCCCAGAGAAUGUCAAUAAACACAAUGAGAUAAUCCAAUUCACACGUUAGCCAGGAACACUCAUACUAGCCAAGCCAGAGUUGGAGGUGUUCAACCACUCCACUAAGUCCAAGAGUAUUAUCAAU